GCAGCCCCGAUAUUCCAGUCUUGCCAUACUGACUGUUUACAGAGUACAACUUACUUACCUCGUAGGCAAAGCCUCUGCAUAGAUAUUGCAAACAUUAAGACAUAUAUACACCGCAUUUGAAGCGAAAGCCAUCCCAUCAAUCACGCAUCGGGCAUAAAUCAUGGACCAAUCAGGCGUAGAGCCGUUCACCAGCAAACAGGCUAUACCCACUAAUGUUGUCACGUUCAAAGGACGACGGAUACCGGCGAGGAUAGACCCCGAGGCUCGUAUAACUUAUAUCGUCGAGGUCAUGGCAGCAUCCUUUGCUACCGAGGAACAUCAUAUUACCCUCUGUCUGAGAGAUGAAGAGGACAACCUUGUCACUCAAAACAAUCUGCCGAGCAAAGUGUACAAUCACGACACUCUAAAGCUCUGUGCUUCGCCAACGACAGAAGCUCUCAUCGUAGUAGCUUCCCUUAAAUCUACCCGUCGCAGAUCAUUAGCAGAGUCUACGCCCGAUACCCCGCCAGCGGAAGAUGUUCUUCCCCUCAAAUUGGCUCUCUUCAAUUUCCAGAAGUUUGUCAGCGAAGAAGAAUUUACUGCAGAAUUUUUACUCAAGGGAGGCAUGCGAACAUUGGUCAAGAUUUUGGAGUCGGAAAAUGGUUUAACGGGAAAUACUCUCGCUUAUGCUCUCCAAGGCAUAAGAGGUGUUCUUGAAUAUGAAUCAGCCUGGGCAGAUCUUACGGAUACCUUUAUCACCCGUAUCUUACUCUUACUCAUCUACGCUACCCAGCCCAACGUCCUAAGACCUGCAACAGCCAUCAUUCGUAAACUAGUAAUCUCUCGUCUAUCCUCUUCCCAUCAUGAUAACCCACCAGAACUCUUAAUUUCGGCAUCGACAAAAGCUCCAGGACUCAAGCCUGGAUUGGGGCCUGGGCCGCGACACGAUGUGAUUGGAGGUAAAAAUCGAGCGAAACGCAAAUCUAGAGAACUGACCCCCGCGGAGAAAGAUCAGCACCACCAUUAUAAAGGUCAUUCGUUAUACGGCUUCGAUAAAUUGUACAUUUUAAUCAAACAACUCAACAUUGUAUCAUCAGGUGAAGAUGAAGGAUCAGUCGCCAAUGCCGAGUAUCUUUUCAAAAUACUUGUCAAAAGGCUAGAAGGUACAGGUGACUUGGAGCUAGUUGCACAAAGUCUUGGUUUGAUCAAUGCUUGUCUGAGAUCAGGAAAUCAAGAAGGUAGCAGGCAGUAUAACGAACUUGUAUGGAUCUUGGAAAAAUUGGGGAUCUGCAGAUAUGUCUCUCGCUUAAUACCAACAAGCACAAAUAACAUCAUCUCUCCGCAUAUUCUCGAUUUCCAAUCCCGUCUCUGCGUUAUACUGCAACACAAGCGUCUACGAUCCGUGCGGCCGGGACAGUAUAAAGAGCAUGAAAAGAUGUUGAAAGAUAUAUGGGAGGCGGGAAAAUUGGGAGAGUUGGCCAAAAAAAUAGGGGGAGAAGCCGGAGAUGGGGGCUGGGAGGCGAUGAGCGGUGGUCAACUUGGGAUGAGUACGGGGGCCGGACUGGGAGCAGAGCCCGGAACGGGAAUGGGAAAGUUUGGGCUAGGUUUAGGAGAGAUAGAUAGAGGGGUGAAAGGAUGGUGGAUGAUUGGAUUAGGCGAAGAAGACCAGGAUGGAGUGUUGGGUGAGGGUGCGAUGUUUAGGGAUGUAGGUGAACUGGGUUUAGAGUGUCUGCACUGGUUUGCGACCCAUGAAGAGAGGUUUAACAACCUUGUGAUGGAACAACAAGCCAAACCUGCUGAAAGGCGAUGUCCCAUCGGCAAAGCGAGCGCCGAAUGUGUCAAGCUGCUUUGUGAGCAUUACAAGAUCUCGCAGGCCGGCACAGGCCAUCACGCACCUACCUCUUUCCAACUAUUCCUGUUAAACUUCCCAAACUUGCACCAUCUUGUUUUGAAGUUCUUCCUCAGAAUGUGGCAAGAGUCCAACUCAUGCACCCCCGACUUCUAUCGCCUCACCCAUCUCAUCCGCUCGCAUCUCACCCUCACCCUUUCUCCUACUACCACGUCCCUCAUCGCAACCACUGCCAAUACCACUCGUUCCUCUUCCUCACAAACUACCUCUAUCGAUGAGCUCUUGCCCGAAUUAAGCAAAAACUGGUUCCACCUGGAACAAGAUUUUCUCACCACCGCUUAUCGUACCAUCCGUGAUCGGCAGAUGGAUUUUUUGGAGAAAGAAGGAGGGAUGAUGCGGAGGAACGCGGUGAGAAGUUUGAAGAAAAAAUUGGGGAAGGAGGUUUGGGAUGUUGUUUGUGAACAGAGGGUGGGGUGCAUGUUGCAAGGUGGAUGGUUUAAUGCGGCGAGGUUGCUUGUACCGGGUAUGGUUGUUAUGGCGAAAGCGAAUCCGAGUAAACCAUUGAGAUUUUUGCGUCUGUCGGAGGACAGAAAGACGAUUGCUUGGGACGAUUUUGAGCAGCGAUCCGGAAGUCCGUCUUUUGAAUCUCUCACGCACCGCAUCAAAAUCUCUAGCAUCUCUUCUGUCAAGCAAGAGACUAGCACUCCAGUCAACUCUCGCUCACCCAACCUCAUAUCCAAGCUGAGCUUCUCUCUCAUCUCAUCUCUACCAACCGCCACUGGUGUGACUUUGGAGAAAAGUUUGCUGGAUUUGGAUGCGAUACAUGCGGCGCAGCUUGCAGAAUGGAGUGAUGGGAUAAAGGUAUUGAAAGAUGGCGGAAUGACUAGUCAAGAUUCUGCAAACUACAUACAGAUCUUGACAGAGUUGGCGUUGAACAUCAGAUUGUUGGAUAUCACCGGAGAUGGUGUAGAGAUUCCAGAAAACGUUGAUAUCGGGCCUGGUCAGUGUAUUUUUUUGCAACGACUAUUCUGCAAGCUGAAUCACGGAUAGCGCCUAGAAGCGUUGAUUUUGUCUUUGCCAAAUAACGUUCUGAGGGGACGAUAUAUAUGCUUAUAACUGUACAGUAUAGUUGUUAAUUAUACAAUAAUAAUAGUUACACGGAGAAACUCUCUUAAUAAUAUGUACAUAUCUUCCAC